GCAGAAACCCUGCCCUGAGCAGAGCAUCCCAUCCGCUGACAUGAUGAAGGGAACGCCACUGCUUGUGCUGGCCUUGCUGGUGACCAGAGGGCUGGGCUUCAAUAUGGGAAUUGCUUGCCCUAUGUUUUAUGAACUCCUCAGCGUGGUGAGCUUUGGAAUAAGACCGCUUUUGGACUCAUCCAUGGAUCUGAUUAAUGCUACUGAACCGGAAAGAGAAGCCAUAAAAAAAGCCCAGGAUUGCUUCAUUGACACUGGAGUUUUCAACAUGUUCAACCAUGCCGUCUACGUGGCUGCUAUCAUGCUUAGCCCUGAUUGUGCCGCCUUUGCAGCAGACACGCUGGAGCAGGAUGCCAGUGAAGUCAUUUCCACUCUCCUCCCUUUAGGGAGAUAACCUUUGCCAGGGAUGCCUGGUCUGUUCUCCAUCUUCCUGCCCUGUUCUCCUCAACUGAAGCUGGAAUCCAGACACCUGUCCCCACCUGAUGUGAUCCCUAUCAGGCUGACUUGAAUAAAAUAACUGCAUCUGUG